GCGUAACUUUUGUUGUGAAAUUUCCCGCACUCGUUGUUACCGGAAGCCACGAGCUCACAGGAUUCUAUUAACUCCACUCACACCACCGAGGCGUGUUUUUGGAUUGCUGACAUUCAUGUGCAAAAACACGGGCCAGGGACUUUGGAGCUAAUAUCAGAAGCAGGAUGUCGAUGGACGAGGUGGUGCAUCGUGCGAGGAAGGCCUUCCAGAGUGGCAGGUCCAGACCUCUGGAGUUCCGGGUCCAGCAGCUCAAGAGCCUUCUGCGUUUCGUCCGAGACAGACAGACGGACAUCACCACUGCCCUGAAAAAAGACCUCGACAAGAGUGAACAGGCCUCGCUGCUGUACGAGGUGAUGUGCAUGGAGGGGGAGAUCUCCCUGGCCCUGGACCGGCUGGCGGAGUGGGCGGCGCCUCGGCCGGUGGAGAAGACCCUGCUCACCAUCACUGACCAGGUGUUCAUCCAGCCCCAGCCCCUGGGGCUGGUGCUCAUCAUCGGAGCCUGGAACUACCCCUGGGUGAUCACCAUUCAGCCCCUGAUCGGGGCCAUCGCUGCGGGUAACGCAGCCGUGGUAAAGCCCUCAGAGGUCAGCGUCCACUCUGCCAAGGUCAUGCAAGAGCUGCUCCCCCUAUACCUGGACCAGGAGAUGUACCCCGUGGUGCUGGGGGGGGUGCCGGAGACCCAGGAGCUGCUGAGGCAGCGCUUUGACCACAUCUUCUACACGGGGAGCAGCAGUGUGGGGAAGCUGGUGAUGGAGGCCGCCGCCCGUCACCUGACCCCCGUCACCCUGGAGCUGGGGGGCAAGAGCCCCUGCUACAUACACAAGGACUGUGACAUCAGCACGGCCUGCAGGAGGAUCACCUGGGGCAAGUUCACAAACUGCGGCCAGACCUGCAUCGCCCCCGACUACAUCCUGUGCGAGCCAAGCAUCCAGGACCGGGUGGUGCAGGAGAUCCGGAAGAGCGCGCAGGAGUUCUACACGGACGACCCCGAUGCCUGCCCGGACUACACCCGCAUCAUCAACCCGCGCCACUUCAAGAGGCUGAUGGGCCUGAUGGAGGGCUGCCGCGUCGCCCUCGGAGGGACGGGCGACGAGACGCGCCUCUACAUCGCCCCCACAGUCCUGACGGACGUGUCCCCCGACGCCAGGGUGAUGCAGGAGGAGAUCUUUGGCCCCCUGUUGCCCAUAGUAACGGUCAGCGGGGAGGACGAGGCCAUUCGCUUUAUCAACGAGCGAGAGAAGCCCCUGGCCCUGUACGUCUUCUCCUCCAGCAAUAAGGUGUGCUGCUGAGCCCUGUGUGCGUGUG